UGUCCAUGUACCAUGAGCCGUCCAUCGAGUUCAGAGACCCCAGACUCCCGAGUUCGCACUCCAAAGCGUCCACGUACAGACUCUAGCUCCAUGUCGCCUCUACCGGCUCCGUUUGUCCGCAACACGCAGUUCUGGUACGAUGACGGCAACGUCAUCAUCGUCGCACAGAAUGUAGGCUUCCGUGUCUACAAAGGCCUGCUGUCCAAAUCAUCCAGGGUGCUUGGCUACAUGGUUAAUGCUGCGCAGCUUCCUCCGAGUCAAUCGCGAGACCAGCCUGAGAGCGGGGACAACUGCACCGUUGUUCACGUCACCGACACGGCCGCGGAGAUGCGUUCACUGCUGAUGGUUCUCUUAGAAGGGCGGCACUACAUGCAACGACGCCUGGAGUUUACGUUCGAAGACAUGGCGAAUUGCAUUCAACUCGCGUACAAGUACGAGAUCGAGGACCUCCUCGAGGACUCGUUGAAGGAGCUCAGACGGUACUAUUCAGACGACUUCGACGCAUGGGACUCCAGGGUCGAGAGCGCGGAGCCGACACACGCGAUUGUGGCAGUCAACCUGGCGCGCCUCGUGUGCCCCGGUGCACAAUCGCUAUUCCCCUCUGCUAUCUACGCCUGCUGCCAACUCGACGCAAUGGAGAUGGUGGACGGACACAAGCGCGAAGACGGCGCGGUGGACUCUCUGAGCCGGGAAGACCUCGCGCUCUGCAUCAAUGGAAAGGCGGAGCUUUGCGUCCGUGCGGUACCGUUCAUCCACAAGCUGUUCGGGCUUACCAACAACACGAGCUGUACCUCGAGCGAUCAAUGCCGAAAAUCCCUCACCUCUCUACAGAAUCUACGGAGCUCCCGCGUUAACGUCAGCGACGGCUGCGACCUUCUCGCCUCAUGGGAGGGGAAGAUCAGGAAGUGUGGCAGCGGCCGCAGGACGAGUGCGGAGAGGGACAUGCCUCUGUGUGCCUCGUGCAUCACAGCGCUGUGCAUAAGGGAGAGGAUGCUGCGCAGGGAAAUAUGGUUGGAUAAAGUAUGGUUGGAUGUGUCGGCAUUGCAGGCUCUGGACGAGGACGAGUCUGAGGAGGAUGACGCUGAGAGUGCCCAGGACCACUAAUAUCUUCAGUCACGGUCCAUUGUCUAGAGCUUUCCCACUGUCGCGUAUGUCGUCCCAGUACACACUGGGGACGCAGUAUGGCUUCUGAUCAAGUUGUAUGGACGGUA